AGUACUCGAUGAUUGGAGAUUAUUUCUUAAAGCUAUAAUUUGUGAAUUUGCGACAGUUUGCCGACAAGCGUCGUGACGUAUCAGAGAUGAAAUUCAGAUACAUUUCCGGAAGCAUUUGAAAGAGACCGCGUGAAUUUUUGCCGCCACCGUUGCAAAAUUUAUUCGCACAAGGCGAUGAAAAAAUAUAAACAAACAGCUGAACGACAACCGGUCGCUUGUCGUGUCGCGUGUAGUCUGCUUAGUCGGCUGCUUGGCGCUGUCGUUGCGGGAGCACAAUGUGUUUUCAACGUCAAACUGUGAUCAAUACAUGACACCCACAUCAAAAGCCGGGAUGUCUCGUUGUUGUGCCCGACUUCGCGCUGCCCGUGGAGACUGCUGGAGAGACCUGAAGCCACUGGAUCCAUCGCCUGGAUGCACUGAAUGAACAUGGACAGGAGGGCUUUCUCGGCCAACUUCAGUGCCGCCUGCCCCUACCCGCCGUCCGUGCUGGACUUCCUGCCGCUGCGCGGGGUGGACGCCGGCACGGUGGAGGAGAGCUGGCCGUGCGAGGUGCGCGCCUACUGGGUCCGGGACCUGCGCCCCUUCGUCGCCUUCGUCCGCUUCAUCUACGCCUACUUCACCCUGUGGGUCGUCGCCACCGGCAUGCUGCUGAACUUGUUCGCGUUCCGGGUGUGGUCCAGCAAAGCCAUGCGCGGCACCAGCUUGGCCGUGUACCUGCGCGCGCUGUCCCUGUCCGACAUGGGCGCGCUCGUCUUCACCUACUUCCUGGGGUACUGGCGCUCGCACCAUCCCGCCUUCAACACCCUGUUUCUGAACAACGAGGCCCUGUGUCGCUUCCACAAGAUCCUGGUGUCGAUGUUCCCGAUGACGUCCCAGUGGCUGCAGACGGCGCUCACCGUGGAGCGGCUGCUCGUGGUCUGGCGGCCGCUGCGCUCCAGGAACCCGGCCUACCCUCAGGUGGCCGUGCGUGCCGCCCGCCGCACCGUGGCGCUGGUCUACAUCGUCCUCAUCAUGGUCGCGCUUCGAGCAGUACAGCGCGUUCGAGUACCAGCGCUGCGAACACAACAACCACGAGAGCUCGGUGCUGGCCGUCUACGUCUACGUGGCACUGAGCACCUACCUGCCUGGAACCAUCAUAUUCGUCAGCAACGUCAUCCUGUUCCUCAAACUCAGGCGCUCCGACUCGCUGCGCCGCUCCCUGUUCGCCGGCACGGGGCACGACGGCGCCUACUACAGCAGCGACGCGGCGGCGCGCACGCUCGUGCUGUUCUCCCUGCUGUACCUGCUGCUGCAGCUGCCGCUCGGCAUCGUGGAGACCGUGGAGCUAUACUGGGACGUGACGCUGUACCGGCCGCCCUCCUCCAGCGGUGCCAAGCGCGAGGCGUACAUCUUCUGGCUCUGCCGGAAGCUGCAGCUCAAAUGGUCGCGCAGCCUGCUGUUCUGGCUGUUCCAGCUCAGCUUCGUGCUCAACUUCGUCGUCUACCUGAAGUCGGGCGGGCGCUUCCGCGUCGUGGCCAAGGGCCUGGCCCUGCAGUGGCUGGGGUGGCUGAGCUGCGGGCUGGGCCGGCCGCUGGGCGCCGCCCCGGGGCCCUCCCUCGGCCACCGCCCGCUGUCCUCGCUGCUGCCGCUCUGCUCGUCCCGGUCGUCUGCCGUCCCCGUGGCCUCCGCCGACGCGGCCACCACGUACGUGCACACCACCUUCGUGCCCGCCGACUACGAGCCCGUGGACUACGAGCCCGCGCUCAAGGCCGUGGAGGAGAACGAGGACGUGGCCGCGGCCGCCGCGCCCGUCAGCAGCAGCGGCAGCACGGGCAGCUUCAGCAGCGGCAGCAGCGCCAGCGACCUGCUCUCGCCCGCCAACGCCCUGACGCUGUGCUGGCCGCGGCCACGAGACAGCCCCCGCCCCAGCCCCAGGCACAGCCCCAAGCCCAGCCCCAGGCACAGCCCCCGCGCCAGCCCCUGGGCCAGCCCCGCGCCCCGCCAGCGCGCCCGCGCCGUGUCCUGCCCGCACCGCGCAGCGCUGCGCCGCCCGACCGCCGCGCGCUCUGCGCCCUGCAAGCCAUGUCGGAGGGCGAGGAUCAACACCUGGGCCUCCUACGUCAGGACGCAGGGGAUGAUGGCGUUGGCUCGCAGCGUCGCUAGUGCGGUCGGCGCGAGCAGGGCCACCGUGAGCACGGCCAGCAGUGGUCACAGCCCACUUACCUUCGACGGCGACCUGGACGCGGACUCGGUGUUCGACUCGCCGCCGGUCUUCGCGCUCACCGUCAUGCACCACGACGAGGCGCUGGCCCAGCAGGACGCCUGCGGUGGCUACAUCGGUCCCGGUGACUGCGGCUCGCAGGACGACCUGCUGUCUCUGCCCUUGCAGGACCCCGCGGAGACUUACGCCAGCCCGGCCGGCUUACAACAGGACCUGCUCUCACAACCCCUGCACGAUCUCGCAGGACUCUCGUUUAGCCCCUCUCAGGAUCACCCGGCGCAGCAGGACUUGCUCGCCCUCCCAGACUUUGGCGAGAUGUUCGCCAGCCCUGUCUUGUGCCCACAACAGGAUGUGCUGUCGAUGCCGCUCCAGGAAGUGGGACCCUACCCCUCCGCUUGCGCCGUCCACACGCUGGAUCGGCGGAAGGGCGAUGAACUGUUCCACAGCGAGAGAGAUCUGGACAGGCACAGAGUGUGCAUGGCCACGAGCCGGACUAGUAGGAAGCUGGAGAGGUUCUUGAGCGAGCCGCAUGGACCGCACCAGUUCCGGUGAAUAGCUCGACAUAUGUGACAUCUGGCAGAUAGGAAAUCGGGACCGCAGUUUUGAGGUGCUUUUACUUUUACUAAUCUGAGUAUGUAUUCGUGCCAUCUCUUGUUUCUUGUUUCGCUUGAUGGUUUUUGUUGGUGCAGCUUUGGAACACAUGAAUGAUCUCCGCCUGGAACUGUUUUUAACGACUAUUUUAAAAUGUUUUAAGUUACAUAUCCCUUUUUCUUUCACUGUGCAACAUAAAUUAACUGUUAAGACAGAUAAAUGUUUUUAUUUUUGUAGAAAACGCCAUGCGGGCGGUAUUUUAAUUUUAACAAGUGAACAAAUAUUUAUGAUUUCUUUUGAUCAUAUUUAUUAUAAGGUAGACAUUUCACAAUGUAAUUGUAACAAUUAGGUUUAUUCAUCUUGAUGAAUUUUCGUUUGAAUCGUGUUCGUAUCUCCCUUCGUCAGAAUGCGUUACAAUGUACCUUGUGCUCCAAGUUUUAUUGAACUCUUCUUGUACCGGGUGUAACUGAGAAUGCGCAACAGUGUUGCGGGUUUGCCUACCCAGUUAGCCCGUAAGGCGCCAUGGCCCCUGCAGCCCUGGCGGGUAUGCAAUCCCGCAACACUGUUGCGCAUUCUCAGUUACACCCGGUACAUAUGAACUCUAUCGUGUAGUGAUGUUGAACAUUAAACAAUUUACCAACUUGAAA